CCUCGCGACUUCCAUCUGCGUAUCUGCGUACACAGAAAGAUACUUUCGUCUUUUCUGCUAUUUGAUAAAUUGUAUAUUGUCCUGCAGCGCUCGGGUUGUUUAAACUCUUUAUUGUGGCGAUCAUGUUAGCGCUACCGACGCUAUUGGCUACGCUCGCUGCAUUUGCAUCUUGGACGACAGCAGUAUCGCAUUCCAUACUUGAGAUUGAUAGGAGAGAACCGAUAAAUUCGACAACGAGUGCGUGGGUGUACGGCGCAAAGCAUGGAAACAUUACCUUCGCUGUGACGGCUGUGACAAGUUCCGGUGACUUAUACUUCCAUCUCGAGGCCCCAGCGGAUAACAAUUAUGUUGCCAUUGGCACGGGAGAGGAGAUGGAUGACAGUUUGAUGUGGAUCGUAUACAGGAGUUCGGACGGGAAAGGUGUCACACUCUCCCCUCGCACUGUAGACGGCAACGUCGAACCGUCCUACGACGACAAAACAGGCUGCCAGCUCAACACCAACGACGGCAUCACCAACGGCAUCACCUCACUCGACAGCAAAGACAUCUACGCCGUCAAUGGCUACUGCAAGGGCAUUAAUGGUAAAUCCUAUAGGAAACGGGAGAGUGAUGGUGGCGGUGGCGGGAAGGGCAAAAUCUCCUUCUCAUCCACCAAUCAGCCCUUCAUCUUCGCCCUCGGUCCAGACGACCGCGACCUCAGGUCCAGCUCCAUGAGCGCUGGAAUUCGGCGACAUAUCCUCUACGGCACAUUCAGCAUGGAUCUAAGCAAGGCAAGUGUGCAAGACUCUGAUGAUGUCUUCCAGACACAGUUGAGUUCGGUGGGAGGUUGGACGAAUCAUAAUGCGCAGACGUUGGAGAAUCCGAAGAAUGAUCGCGAUUGGAGUGCCCCGAUUCAUACUGUCGUGAUGUGUGGGACAUUUGUGAUUCUGUUCCCCAUUGGUGUCAUCUUUUUGAGGCUGUUGGAGAAGGUAAGGUGGCACGCUUGGAUACAGGGCUUUGGGAUGGUGCUUGCGGUGUUGGGUGUGGGUGUGGGGAUUAAACUUGGUUUGGAGUAUAAUCAUUCCAAAAACGUCAACUCUGCGCACCAAAUCCUCGGCCUCUUCGUUGUCGUCUUCACCAUCGCCCAAUUCACCCUAGGAUUCAUUCACCACCGCAUCUACAAGAAGCACUCCCGACCCACCAUCAUGGGCAAAAUUCAUCUCUACAUGGGUCCCUUCAUCCUGCUCGCCGGGGCCAUAAACGGCUUUUUGGGC